AUGAAGUUCACCGCUGCCCUCAUUGCUCUCGUCUCGGCCACCGGCGUUGUCGCUGCUCCCGCCGCCGAUUCCAUCUCUAUGAUGGCUGCCUCUCCCCAGUGGACAAUCAAGAGCCUUAACCGCGUUUGCGAUAAGACCGACUCUACCUGCACCUGGAACUUCAAAAUCAACACUGGCAGCGGCUCUGAUACUCCCUGCAAGUACGUCAUCAAGGCUAAGAACGCCUCUAAGGCCAAUGGUGGCCCUAUCAAAUGCGGUACCUUUACUAUUACUUCUGGCUGGAGCGGCCAGUUCGGUGCCGAUAAGGGUUUUACUACUGUCUCUGUUGUUAGCAAUCAGAAGCAGAUUAUCUACCCUAGCUAUACCGAUAAGCAUCUUGCUGGUGGCAAGGUCAUCAAGCCUGACCAGAAGUAUGCCCCUGCUGCUCUCCCAUAA